UGAAAAGAAGGAAAGGGGGUUUUAAAAAAUGAAGAAAAUGGGAGGUGUGGAUGAAGGAGCAGAUCUGAGGGAGUGACAGAUGAAGAAAGAGGGCGGGAAAAGAGGAGAAUAGAGAGACAGCAGGACCAAACUCACUGCCUUCUUUUCCUCCAGUGCUCUAUUCCUUCUUUCUCCUGGUGACUCAAGGCUGAGAUCAACAGAUAGGAUGCUGGGCCUUAGCUCCCUGUCCACACUCCUCCUGCUUCUCCUCUCCCCCCCGCCGCUGCCUGCCCAGGAGGUGCUUGUGCGUCUAGCAGGCGCAGGCCGGCGCGGUGCAAACGAGGGACGUGUGGAGGUGUUCUACAAUGGCGCAUGGGGCACAGUGUGUGAUGACGAGGUGGAUCUUAACCUGGCCAAUGUGGUGUGUCGACAGCUUGGCUUCCAACGCGGCUUUACCUGGGCGCACAGUGCCAAGUUUGGCGAGGGACAAGGUUUGAUCUGGUUGGACAAUGUGCGCUGCAAGGGCACAGAGCUCUCUAUUGCAGAAUGUCGCUCCAAUGGUUGGGGAAUCAAUGACUGCACCCAUGCUGAGGACCUGGGGGUCAUUUGCAGCCCAGAAAGGAGACCUGGCUCCCCCCCUGUCGCCUUGGAGGAGGCCCCUUCAUCCUCCAGGCGCCAACCAAGCCAGCCAAGACAGAGAAACCCACCACCACAGUCUGUGUCCCCUUCAGCUUCGUCCCACAUCUCCUCUUCUUCUGCAAGAGGCCAUGAGAUCGCCCUCCAUCGCAACCCAACUUCUUCCCGACGCAGCAGCAUCUCGCCGCAGGAAAAUGGCCACGAGAUCCAGAUCUUGCGACGGAAUCGAGGCCCGCAGGUUAGCUCAGCUCUGCCACAAGGGCAUCAGCUGCCUUCACAUCUGGCAAACGGAGCAUCCUACAGACAGAGACAGGAGACAGCAAGGGCCAGUCCACAAGCAGUGAGACGAGAGACAGACGGACAGGUAGACAGGCAGCCCCAACCCCAGCAAUGGAGUGACAGGCAUCAGCAGCUCAGCGGAAACCAUGUCGAACCAGAGCCUGUGUAUCCAGACACGGGACUGGAGACUUACACACAGGGAUCUGUUCAUCUAGAGGAGGCUCGUCUAAGGCCUGUGCUGUCCAGCAACCAUGGCGGUCUGGUGACAGAAGGAGUGCUGGAAGUGAAGCAUGCUGGGAAGUGGCGUCAUGUGUGUAACCAUGGCUGGGACCUCAGCAGCAGCCGUGUCGUAUGUGGCAUGUUAGGAUUCCCUGCUGCAGAAGUGUUUGACCAAAAUGCCUACAGGAAACUGUGGGACUCCAAGUUAGCCGAUCCGUCUUCCAGGCUGAGGACACAGAUCAGUAAGAAGGCCUACUGGGUGGAGAAGGUGCAGUGUCAGGGAGUGGAGGCCUCUCUAUCGCAGUGCCAGGCACAGCCAUCACUCGCCAGGAGUGAUAUCCCGUGCCGUGGUGGCAUGCACGCUGUGGUCCGCUGUGUCCCUGGAUCCCAGUUUGCACGCUAUGGUAGAGCACCUGCUCCACCUGCUGUGCCAGCAGUCGUGCGUCUGAAGGCCGGGCCCCGGGUCGGGGAGGGCCGUGUUGAGGUGCUGAAGGAGGGGAAAUGGGGUACUGUAUGUGACCACCUGUGGGGCAUCACUGCAGCCAGUGUGGUCUGCAGAGAGCUGGGCUUUGGGACGGCCAAAGAGGCCCUCACCAGGGCUGAGCUCGGACAGGGUACUGGUCUAAUCCACAUGAACAGCGUGCAGUGUACAGGCAGGGAGAAGUCAAUUACAGAGUGUACCUACAGACAGGUGCCGCUUUACACCUGCAAACACAGCCAGGACGUGGCGGUCCGCUGCAACGUCCCCAGCACUGGCUUGCAGACCACGGUGCGUCUGGCAGGAGGGCGAGAGCCAGCAGAGGGUCGUGUGGAGGUGCUGAUGGAGGUUGGAGGGGUGAAGCGUUGGGGCUCCGUCUGUAGUGAGAACUGGGGCAUCAACGAGGCCAUGGUGGUCUGUCGACAGCUGGGCUUGGGCUUUGCCUCAAGAGCUCAUCAGGAGACCUGGUACUGGCCUGGCUCUUCUGGUGCUGGUGAGGUGGUUCUGAGUGGAACUCACUGCGUCGGCACUGAGAUGUCCAUCCAGCAGUGUCGCAGAAACACAAAUGUCUACUGUCCCAGAGGAGGAGAGGGCAGGGCUGCAGGCGUCACGUGUGUAGAAACUGCUCCGGACCUUGUCGUGGAUGCCCAGCUCGUCCAAGAGACGGCAUACCUGGAGGACCGACCCCUCCACCUGCUGACAUGCGCUAAUGAGGAGAACUGCCUGUCCUCCUCUGCCGCCCGGAUGAACUGGCCCUAUGGACACCGCCGCCUGCUGCGCUUCUCCUCCCGCAUCAUGAACGUGGGCCGCGCCGACUUCCGACCCCGAGCCAGCAGAGAAAGCUGGACGUGGCACCAGUGUCACAGGCACUACCACAGCAUUGAGGUGUUCACUCACUAUGAUCUACUGACCAUCAAUGGGACCAAGGUGGCUGAAGGUCACAAGGCCAGCUUCUGUCUGGAGGACACCUAUUGCCCUGACGGUAUCCAUAAACGGUAUGCCUGCUAUAACAUGGGAGAGCAAGGGAUCUCAGUCGGCUGCUGGGACACCUACCGCCACGACAUUGACUGCCAGUGGAUCGACAUCACAGACAUACGACCCGGCGAAUACAUCUUCCAGGCAGGCAGACAGACAGGGUGGAAAACAACAAGCCAUGGCAACCAACCAUGGCUACAGCCUAAUGACAGGCUGCAACUUGAAUCCGAACCCAAAACUGUCAUCUGCAUCUCUGGUCCUUUUUCCCCCUGCAUGGAGAUAACAGUGGAAACUGAUGUCAUGCCGUGCUUGAACCCCCAAUUUAUACAUCAUGAGCCAUAUAGAAAUGCAGAAGACAAUAAUCCUGUGGUUAGCCCCACGGAAUACCAGUUGUUUCCUAACUGUCUGAAGUAAACUGUUACUAUCUCAUUUGUUCCCUUACUUGAUGAAAAAGACA